CAGGGGGCGCGGGCGUCGGGCCCCAGAGCCGGUGGCGGCCGCUGCUGCUGCGCUCUGCUCGCCUUUUGUCUCGGCGUCUGAGAAAAUGGGGCGAGAGGAGCCGGGGUGCGUGCGUGUGUGUGUGAGAAUCAGGGGGCGUUUGGCUUGGAGCCAUUUUUUUCUUUAAUUGUGGAGACAGAAAACCCCUUAAAACGGUUUCCCCAGGGAGCCGGGCCGUGCUCCUCGUCGUGCGCCCAGCGCCGGCUGAGUGCAGUGGGCUUCCCUCCCUGUCUGCCCACCUUCCCGGCUUCCAGCCUCGCCCCCCACCCCUGGAGCCCCGGAGCGGGGUGUCUGCAGAGCAGCGCCCAGUCACCUGUCGUGCCAGCUGCAUGGAAAUCCUGGCGCUCCUGCUGUCUGGAGUCUGGGCUGUUUCCUCUGGCGAAUCACCGAGAUUCCGCUCGCAGUACCAACCCUUCCUCCUUCCCCUUCGCUUGAAAACAGGGCACGAUGCGAAGGCUAAAGUUGGACCUGGUGGGGUCGGUUAGCAGGGGGAAGAAUCUACUUUUUCCUGUCAACCCUUCAGGUUUGGGAAGGUGAGGGCGAUCUGGCGUUGUGGAAGGAAACGAGGGUGAUACAGUCCUAUCCGGGGAAGAUGUAGACAGGAGACCUAGCAUUCUACCUGCUGGAUUGCCACCGUGAUCGGAAAGUCUUCUUACACUCUCCUCUUUCGGGAUAACCAACUCCCUUUGCCAGGAAAACGUUUCUUGGAUUUCUGGAUUUGGGGGCUUUCCUCCUCUUUUUAUUUACAGCAGAUCAGCAGUGCCUUACCCAAGGAUGUCUAUUAAGCCUUUUCAGUAGGCAGGUUUAUGUCUAAGGUUUUGAAGGCAAGAGUCUGUUUGGGGGUCCUUUUCUCUGUUCCUCAUUCUGUGUGUCUCGGAUUUGCAAUUCACAGUUUAGUUCUUGCAGGCAGCUCCACUGGGAAUAAUGCUGUGGUCUCGGAGAGUUCUGUCACCAGGCCACGGGCAGGCUUGCUGGGGCUUGAGCCUGUGAUGGGUGAAACGUGACAGGGUGGCUUGUCCAUAGCCACACCGCAGUCCAGAGAGCACCUGUGCCCAUGGCUCUGGGCUGCCGGCUGGGCAAGCAGGCCGAGCGCAGCACUGUGCAGUGAUGGUCACAUCACCAGCGAGGGGAUGACAAGUGUCCUCCCUUAUUCUGCAUAGUUUUCUGCCCUGGAAAUGAUUACCGGUGUGUGAAUAAAUCUCAGCCAAGUCUAGUGUUCAGUAUCUCAGUUUAAAGAGUAGUUCUUAAUUGGUAUAAAGGAGUUCUUAGUGGGUGUGUGUUUCCUUUCAGAAUUGGAAGAGGUCUACUUUAGAAAGGGCUGUGAAAGCAGCAGUUUUUUUCAGGUGAUGGGGGAGGUGGUGUUGGCCUCUAGGAGUAUGUAGUGCUGAGUUAGAGGGAGUCCUGUAGGGAAAAAAGUUACCACUGUGGAGCUCUCAGACUUGGAAGAGGAGUAGAAAGCCAGGACUGCUUCCAGGGCCUGAGAAAUAAUAACAGUGUAUUGACUACUGUAUAUUUUGUUCUGUUGUACAUAGGGCCUCUAUGAGUCAGGAUCGACUUGAUGGCACCUAACGACAACUGUGUAUUUUAGAACAGUGGCUUUUUCGUUUACAAAAGAUCUGUGUCUGCUAUUGAACUUUCUGGUUUUUAUGUGGAGCAACAAGAGUGGCAGUUUGGUUAUCACACUCCUCCCUCCCGCAGCAGAACUCUGAAUAAGGAUGAUUUUUUAACCCAUCGGAGGAUGCGUGGCACGUGAAGCCUGUUUUAAAUGGGACCAUCCAGCACUGAUGCUGAGAUCCCAAGUGAUGGUAUGAUGGUAAAGAGAUAGCUGUCAUACGUGAGGCUGAAUUCCAACCCUCUCACUGAUGGUUAGGAGCCCUGGUGGCUAAUUAGCUCACCUGCUCAUCAGAAGGUCAGCAGUUCCAACCCACCAGCUCCUUGUUGGAAACCCUUGGGGCACUUCUGCUGGGUCCUGCAGGGUCACUAUGAGUCAGAGUAGACACGAUGGCAGUGGGUUUAGUGCACCGGUGGUUUGUAGGACAGAGUGUGAGUCCCAGUGUUUCUUUUUGGUCUUGCAGCAGAGUCACCGAGUAUCUGAACUCAGCCAUGUUCCAGUGCCUACUCUGUGAGGGUAAGCUGGGUGGGAACCCGCUUCUCCAUCUGUUCAGUGGGAUUCGCAACAUCACUUACAAUCUCUCUGUGCUCCUGAAGUCUCCUGUUCACUCCUGGGGAUGGAGAAGGAUUGAAGAUGGGUGCAGGGGCCCAACUGUGCAUGUGGUUUGUCAAAUGUGUUAAAAAACAGAGUGAAGCCUCUGCUGCAUUAUGCCUUGAUUUAGUUAUUGUGUUGGUUCCUGUUAGGAGUCUGAAGUAUUUUCAGUGUUACCAAAAGCCUUGUAGAAACUGUGCAUUUGCCCUUAGUAACACUGCUGGGGCUGGGCAGAGUAUGACAUUCAAAUGUCACAUUUCUUGUACUUUGGCUGGGAUUAUGUUAAUUUAGUUACUACGUUUUAGCAUGCUACGUUUUAACAUACUAGAUGUUAACUGUGGUAAGCUCCUGAUGGUCAGUAGCUCUUACUGAAAGUUAUAGACACCUUUCAUAAAAACACCUAUUGCUGUUAAUUCUGUCUCAUAGCAACCCUACAGGACAGACUGGAACUGACUCAUAGGGUUUCUAAGGCUGUACUCUUUAUGGAAGCAGAUUGCCACAUCUUUCUCCCUCCGUGCAGCUCAUGGGUUUGAACUGCUAACCUUUCAGUUAACAGUUGAGUGCUUAAACAUUUCAUCACCAGGGCUCCUUUAAUUAAAAUAACGGAAAACCAAUUAGUUAUUAUUUAAUACAGGGUCCAUCUUUAAAACAUACCCUCCAUGGGGGCAUAAGUGAUACAUGUUUUGUGUCCUUGCUGGGCUCUGUCGCUUUCUUUCCAUGUGGACAGUUACGUGUGGUGCAGCUAUCUUUCGGAAAUUUACCGAUGAUGCAAGUGACGGAUUUGUUUUCUAGCUAACAUUAUAAAAACUAAAAAACACCAAACCUACUGCCGUCGAGUCGAUUGCGACUCCUAGUGACCCUGCAGGACUGAGUAGAACUGCCCCAUAGAGUUUACAAGGAGCGCCUGGUGGAUUCAAACUGCCAACCUUUUGGUUAGCAGCUGUAGCCCUUAACCACUACGCCACCAGGGUUUCUGUAUAAUGUCAAAAGGUUGAUAAAUUUUGCUUUAUGGAAGAGUAUAUUUUAAAAGCACUAAAGAGAAAUAAAGGUAAAUGUUUAUAUAAUUCUAGUAUGGGUGAAGUCUUUCUAAGCUUAACACCGAACAGGAGACUGUAAAAGAAUUGACAACAGUGUUAAACAAUGUACGUUAUUUUAAGCGAAGAAUGCCUUGAACGUAAAAGACAAAUGACAAACUGGAAGAAUACGGGCAACAUAUAUAUUGGACAUGUCAAUAUAUAAAGAGCCCUAAAAAAUCAAAAAGAAAGAGAUGAACAACACCUCACUAGAAAAACGGGUUAGAACAUGAGCAGAUCAUUCUCCUUUAAAAAGAUCUUUUAUUAUUUAAAUUUUUAUCCUGGAAAUUUUUAAGCAUUAGAAAAGUUGUGAGACUAGUGUAAGGCAGCAAAAUAUCUGCCGCCGAUCUUCAGCAAUUACAAAGCAUGACCAGUCUCGUAGGCAACAUUCUUCUCUGCUUCAUUCUCCCUGGAUUAUAUUGAAGCAAAUCAAGCCGUUGUAUCAUUUUAUCUGUAAAUAUUUUUGUUGUGUCUCUAAAAGAGUGAGACUCCUUAAAAAAAAAAAAAAAAUCAUGUUAUUGGGUCCCUGGGUGAUGCAAACGGGUAGCAUGCUUGGCUGCUAACCAAAAGGUUGGCGAUUCGAGUCCACCGAGAGGCACCUCAGAAGACAGACCCGAUGGAGCACGGUUGUACUCUGACACACAUGGGGUCUGUAUGAACUGGGGCCAACUCCAUGGCAGCUGGUACUAGUUAUUACUCUACUUGAAAAACAAAAAAUCCCACAAUAUCAUCAAACAUCCAGUCAGUGUUCCCUGACUGUCGUAUAUAUAUAUUGAAUUGUUGUCUUGAAUUAAGAUCCAGGUAAGGUGUAUACAUUGCAGUUAGUUCAUUUAUCUCAAGUGUCUUUUAAUCUGUAGUUCUCUACCUUUUUUGUUUGUUUUGUUUUCUUUAUAACUUUUUAUUGAAGAAACUGAACUUUGCAGGUCGUAUCGUGUACUGCUAAAUAUACUUGUAUUUCCUGGACAUUGGUAGUUUUGUCUAGAGUCUUAGUCGGAGGAAUCAGGUUUUGUGUGUUGUGUGUAUUCAGGGGGAAUGUUGGCGAAAGGAGCAUUUCCAUCAGGAGAUCCAUAAUGUCUGAUUUCUGUCUUUUUGUGAUAUUAACAGCCACUCCUGAUCAUUACCUUGAUCCCUGGAUUCAUUAGGGAUUGCAGUACGCUACAGUCUGUCAUCCCCUCUUUAUACUUAUUAGCUAAAAUCCUAGUUCUACACAAGAAACUCCCCUACGUCAGUUGUUUGGUUUCGCUGAGACACAGAUGGUGGGGAAGAGAGGGCAGGUCGUCUGAUUCUUUUUCCUUUAUUUACCAGUUUCCAAAAUCAUGUGUCAGUUCCCUAGCAUCCUCCAACGGUGGUUCAUGAGAUCGUGGAUUGUUUAAAUUUUUUGAGUAUCAUUAUGAACUCCUGUAUUUUAGCAUACAUGGUGUGUUUCAGUCCAUUGGAAUAAUUGUCCUUGUUGUCAGGUGUUUUGAAUCAAUUCCGACUCAUAGUGACUCCAUGUGACAGAGUAGAACUGCCCUACAGCAUUUUCUUGGCUGUAAUCUUUAUGGGAGCAGGUCUUUCUCCUGCAGAUCCAGUGGCUGAGUUAGGACCACCAACCUUUAGGUUAGCAGCCGAGUGCUUAACCAUUGCAUUACCAGGAUGCUCACAUUGCCCUAUCUUUGGGCAGAGUAAGUGUAUUCAGGUUGGUUCCCGAGUCCUGACAUUUCUCUAGUAGUCUAGUCUGUAAUUGUUUCCUUAAUGAGAUGUUCCAGGCUCAUCUUGUACACUUCCUGUUCUAGACUUGGAGUCAAAAUAGACAAUUUUUAAAAGGAAAAAAGGAGAUAUAAAUGGCCGGUGUUGUUGUUACGUGCUGUCACUUUGGUUCCGACUCGUAGCGACCCUACGUACAACAGAAUAAAAUGCUGCCUGGUCCUGCGCCAUCCUCACAAUCAUUGUUGUGCUUAAGCCCAUUGUUUGCAGCCUCUGUAUCAACCCAUCUCUUUGAGGGUAUUCCUCUUUUCCGCUGACCCUCUACUUUGCCAAGCCUGAUGUUCACCCCCAGAGACUGAUCCUUCCUGACAACACGUCCAAAGUAUGUGAGAUGUAGUCUUACCAACCUUGCUUCUAAGGAGCAUUCUGGUCAUAUUUCUCCCAAGACAGGUUUGUUUGUCCUUUUGGUAGCCCAUGGUAUAUUCAAUAUUUUUCCCCAACACCACAAUUCAAAGGUGUCAGUUUUUCUUUGGUUUUCAUUAUUCAUGUCCAGCUUUCACAUGCAUAUGAGGGGAUUGAAAGCACCAUGGCUUGGGUCAGGUACACCUUAGUCUUCAAGGUGACUUUUUGCUUUUUAACACUUUAAAGAGGGCCUUUGCAGCAGAUUUGCCCAAUGCAAUGCGUCUUUUGAAUUUAAAAAAAUUUUUUUAUUGUGCUUUAAGUGAAAGUUUACAAAUCAAGUCAGUCUCUCACACAAAAACUUACAUACACCUUGCUACAUACUCCCAAUUGAUCUCCCCCUAAUGAGACAACCCGCUCCCUCCUUCCGCUUUCUCUUUUCGUGACCAUUUCGUCAGCUUCUGACCCCCUCUACUCUCUCAUCCCCCCUCUAGGGAGGAGAUGCCAACAUAGUCUAAAGUGUCCACCUUAUCCAAGAAGCUCACUCCUCACCAGCAUCCCUCUCCAACCCAUUGUCCAGUCCAAUCCCCGUCUGAAGAGUUGGCUUUGGGAAUGGUUCCUGUCCUGGGCCAACAGAAGGUCUGGGGGUCAUGACCACCAGGGUCCUUCUAGUCUCAGUCAGGCCGUUAAGUCUGGCCUUUUUAUGAGAAUUUGGGGUCUGCAUCCCACUGCUCUCCUACUCCCUCAGGGGUUCUCUGUUGUGUUCCCUGUCAGGGAGUCAUCGGUUGUAGCCGGGCACCAUCUAGCUCUUCUGAUCUCAGGCUGAUGUAGUCUCUGGUUUAUGUUGCCCUUUCUGUCUCCUGGGCUCGUAAUUGCCUUGUGUCCUUGGUGUUCUUCAUUCUCCUUUGAGCCAGGUGGGUUGAGACCAAUCGAUGCGUCUUUUUAUUUCUUAACUGCUGCUUCCAUGGGUGUUGUUUGUUGAUCCAAGUAAAAUGAAAUCCUUCACAACUUCAGUCUUUUCCCCAUUUAUCCUGAUGUUGCUUAUUGGUCCAGUUGUGAGGAUAUUUGUUUUCUUUAUGUUGAGGUGUAAUCCAUACUGAAGGUUGUGGUCUUUGAUCUUCAUCAGUAAGUGCUUCAAGUCCUCUUCGUUUUCAGCAAACAAGGUUGUGCCAUCUGCAUAACGCAGGUUGUUAAUGAGUCUUCCUCCAGUCCUGAUGCCCUGUUCUUCUUUAUAUAGUCCAGCUUCUCGGAUUAUUUAGUCAGCGUACAGACUGAAUAGGUAUGGUGAAAGGGUAUAACCCUGACACACACCUUUCCUGACUUUAAACCACGAAGUAUACGCUUGUUCUAUUCAAACGACUGCCUCUUGGUCUAUGUACGGUUUCCUCAUUAGCAGAAUUAAGUUUUCUGGAAUUCCCAUUCUUUGCAAUGUUAUCCGUAAUUUGUUAUGAUUCACACAGUUGAAUGUCUUUGCAUAGCCAAUAAAACACAGGUAGACAUCUUUCUGGUAUUCUCUGCUUUCAGCCAGGAUUCAUCUUACAUCAGCAAUGAUAUCCCUGGUUCCACUUCCUCUUCUGAAACUGGCCUGAAUUUCUGGCAGUUCUCUGUUGAUAUACUGCUGCAGCCGUUUUUGAAUGAUCUUCAGCAAAAUUUUGCUUGCGUGUGAUAUUAAUAAUAUUGUUCUGUAAUUUCCACAUUCAGUGGGAUCACCUUUCUUGGGAAUAGGCAUAAAUAUGGAUCUCUUCCAGUAAGUUGGCUGGGUAGCUGUCCUCCAAAUUUCUUGGCAUAGAUGAGUGAGUACUUCCCAGCACUGCAUCUGUUUGUUGGAACAUCUCGGUUGAUGUUCUGUCAGUUCCUGGAGACUUGUUUUUCCCCAGUGCCUUCAGAACAGCUUGGACUUCUUCCUUCAGUACCACCGGUUCCUCAUUGUAUGCUGCCUCCUGAAAUGGUUGAACGUCGAUGAAUUCUUUUUGAUAUGGUGACUCUGUGUACUUCCAUCUUCUUUUGAUACUUCCUGUGUCGUUUAAUAUAUAACCCAUAGAAUCCUUCAAAUUUGCAGCUUGAGGCUUGAAUUUUUUCUUCAGUUCUUUCAGCUUGAGAAAUGCUGAGUGUGUUCUUCCCUUUCGGUUUCUAUCUACACGUCUUUGCACAUGUCAUAAUACUUGUCUUCUUGAGCUGCCUUUUGAAAUCUUCUGUUCAACUCUUUUACUUCAUCAUUUCUUCUUUUUGCUUGAGCUACUCGACAUUCAAGAGCAAGUUUCAAAGUCUCUUCUGACAUCCAUCUCAGUCUUUUCUUUCUUUCCUUUCUGUCUUUUUAAUGACCUCUUGCUUUCUUCAUGUAUGAUGACCUUGUUGUCAUUCCACAACUUGUGUGGUCUUCUUUCAUUAGUGUUCAGCACAUCAAUUCUUGAGAUGGUCUUUAAAUUCAGGUGAGGUAUAUUUAAGGUUGUACUUUGGCUCCUGUGGACUUUUUCUAAUUUUCAUCACCUUCAACUUGAACUUGCAUAUGAGCAGUUGAUGGUCUGUUCCACAGUCGACCCCUGACCUUGUUUUGACUGAUGAUUUUGAGCUUUUCCAUCGUCUCUUUUCACGGAUGUAGUCGAUUUGAUUCCCGUGUAUUCCAUCUGGUGAGGUCCAUGUGUAUUGUUGACAUUUAUGUUGGUGAAAAAAGUUAUUUGCAAUGAAGAAGUUGUUGGUCUUGGAAAAUUCUGUCAUGCAAUCCCUGGCAUCAUUUCUAUCACCAAGGCCAUAUUUUCCAACUACGGAUCCUUCUUCUUUGUUUCCAACUUUUGCAUUCCAAUCAUUAGUAAUUAUCAGUGCAUCCUGAUUGCAUGUUUGAUCAAUUUCAGACUGCAGAAGUUGGUAAAAAUCUUUAAUUUCUUCAUCUUUGGCCUUAGUGGUUGGUGUGUAAAUUUGAAUAAUAGUUGUAUUAACUGGUCUUCCUCGUAGGCAUGUGGAUAUCAUCCUGUCACUGACAGCGUUGUACUUCAGGAUUGAAUGGCCAACAAACUUAUUAAAAUAGUAAUUUUAGUAGUAAUUAAGAAAUGAAAUUAAGAGGAAAAAGAAGAUACUAAUUUUAGGUCUUAUAUUGGCAAUAUAAUUUAGACUCAGCUUAGGCCUUAAUAGAUGUGAAUCUACUUGGUAAAGCUUAAUAUAAAGCACAAUAUUAUUGUGAUUACUUCUGCUAUUCCUUCUCUUGGUAGUCUUAAUUUUUGGACGUCUCCCAGUCUGCAAUGGGAAAAGGAUGAUGGUAAUUCCCAGCGUGGGUGAGGAUGCAGGGAAAUGUGCCGUCUCAGAUACUCUCACUGGGGGCAGAAAAUGAUAUGCUUAUUUGGUAUUGAUGCAACUAUGUAUCAGAGUGUGAAAUGUGCAUAGCCUUUGACUCAGGUAGUCCAUAUUUAGGAAUUUAUCCUAAAGAAAUAAUAGGAAAAGUCAGAAAAGAUGCAAGUGCAUAGUAAACAACUGAACAUACCUUACACAAGGAAUUGAUAAAAUAGAUUUUGAUACUUUCACACUGCAUGCAGGCAUUGAAAAUAGUGAUAUGAAUCUAUGUUAACCAGUCUGGAAAGAUGGCUAUGAUACAUUAUUGAAUAAAAAAGGUAGGUUCCAGAAUUUUAGGUACAGCCUUUAGAAGUAGUAUGUAGCGGCCUUCAAGUGAGCCCCCUACUUAUGGUGAACCCACACACAAUGGAAGGACAUGCUGCCUGGUCCUGUGCCAUGCCUGUGAUUGGUCAUGGAUUGGACCAUUGUGAUCAAUAGGGUUUCCAUUGGCUGAUUUUUGAAUGUAGAUCACCAGGCCUUUCUUCCUUGUCCAUCUUAGUUUGGAAGCUCCACUGGAAGCUGCUCAGCAUCACAACAGCACACAAGCCUCUGCUGACAGAUUGGUGGUGGGUGUGCAUCAGGUGCGUUGGCUAGGAAUUGAACCUGGUCUCCCGUGUGGAAGAUGAGAGUUCUACCACUGAGCCACCACUGACCCAGAAAUAGUAUAACCGAAAACCAAACCCGUUGCUGUGGAGUCGAUUCUGAGUAAUAGUGACUCUAUAUUACAUUGUAGAACUGCCCCAUAGGGUUUCCAAGAAGCGGCUGGUAGAUUUGAACUGCCAACCUUGUGGUUAGCAGCUGAGCUCUUAACCACUGCACCACUAGGGCUCCCAGAAAUAGUGUAGGAUUAGAAAAUGCUGGACAACGAGGCUUUGACAAGGCCAAGAAUCAUGCCAGCUGGGAGGAUCUAGUCUGUCAGAUCUCAUGGUCUCAAAGAGUCUGUACAGGCCGGUUUCAUUCUUGGGAUAUAAGAUUCAGAUUUCCCAGAGAGAGAAUGAGAUUAGCCUAGUCAGGGUGAUUUGCCUACCCUUUGGCUGUGUGUAUGUGUGAAUGCAGUAUGACUGUCAGUUCACAGUCCAACAGAGACCCUGCGGAAGGGGGAGAAGUCAUUCUCUGUAGGAGAGUUGGGGUGAUUUUAAUGAAAGGGGAUAAAGGCAUUCCAUGAAGACAGGGAAAUAGAUGCUCAUUACCUAUUUAGUUAAAAUUAAAUGAAUGCUUUGAUCAGAAACAGUAAAUUUUGCCACAUCGCCGUAAAUUACUGUAAAUUCUGAUAAACUUGGCCUUUCAGAUCUCUGUACCCACCACUUUUGGGCAUGUUAGGACCUAUACCAGUGGGUAAACUCCGUUUCUCAGAAAAUGAUUGGUCAGAAAUAAAAUUCUGGGUUAUUCGUGGUUUUUAAAAUUUAUGCUAUUUCCCCUUCAAGUGUGGAUAAUGCAGAACCAAAUGUAUUUUUCUGAUAUCAGAAAGUACGAAUCACAGUCUUUGUACUUGUGUGGUAUCAAGGAUACUCGCCCUUUGGAUAAAGAGCGUUUUAAGAAUAGAAUUGGAAUGUAGGUGCUCAUGGAAAGCCUCUGACUGCGAUGGUGUGACAGGUUGGGGAGUGUGGGAAAUUAGUGGGUGGCUGUGCAGUGGUGCCGUGUAGAGAGCGGAGAUUUACUUGAGCAUCUUUCUUACUGUUCUGAUUUUUAAUCAAAAGCACAGUUAGAGUCAAAAUGAAUGUGAAGAGCUUUGAGAAAGAUAACACCCUCUACAGUUUAAGAUAUUAAUUUCUCACUUAAAAAAAAUUAAAGACUCUGUUUAGACCUUAAUGGAUGUGAAAUGAUUUUGGUAAUGCAUAAGAAAAGGUAUUAUGUUGUUAUGAUUCUAUCUGCUGUUCCUUCUCUUAGUAGUCUUAAUACUUGGGCAUGUCCCACUUUGGAAUGGGCCUGUCAGAGCCACAGGGCCUGGGUUUUUGUGGUGUCAGCUCUGUGAAAGUCUGAUCAAGGCUAAGAAUUUGGCCCUUUAAUGAAUAUAUUUUUAUGAAAGAUGCUUCAGCCUUAGCUUUUAAGUUUCAGCUAUUGAUCCAACUAGUUAUUAGUUGGGAGACUGUUCUGAAGACUCCUUGUAUCUGCUUUCAAAAAACACUGCUCAGUGUUUGUGAAUUCCGCUUCAAUCUUAUAGGCAGAUAUCACUGAGUUCAGAAUUUCUUCAUCCUGCUGGCUGUUUCUUUUACCAGUUUCUUGUCAGUGACAAAAGGAAAGUAAGUUUAAAUUUCUUGAGACAGUUACUCCUCUGAUGUGUGUGUCUGUGUGCAAUUUUGAAUUUCUAACAAAGGAAAUGAAGAGUCUUGGGUAGAAAUCCCUUUCAGCACCAUGCCAUGUUAUUUUCCCGUAUUGUAGCGUUCCCUCAUCUUUGACUAUUAAGAGUGUGUGUUGCCUCCCUGUCACUGUUACUGAUGGUUAACAGUAAAGCAGGAGCAUCACAGAUCCUCGCUGAGGACUAGCUGAGCCAUUAGGUCGGGACAGCUUUACUGUCUGUGAAAAGUUGGUCAGCAGUGAGGUUAGUACAUGCUGUGGGUGUACAGGAUUAUCUUUGCACACGAGCAGUUUCUUAAGCUGCAUCCAACCUUCUUAGCCAUAAAACUAGAUGGGCAAAUUCAGCUCCGAUGGUAAGAAUAUCACAACGUGCAUUGUAAGAUGUGAGGCUGUGCUGUGUUUAUAAAACCCUGGCCAGCCCAAGCUGAGGUUUUAAGUAGCCAGAGUUCCUGUUUAGAAUCAGUAAGUAGCCAGAAAGUUUAACUAUAGCAUUGACUUUGUCAGAGUAGAGAAGAAUGCCUUUAAAAUAUGAUGCCUGGGUUCAGUGUGUCUGAGAAAAAGAAGCGUAAGGAGAUUGGAGUGUGGGAGAGCCAGGUGGAUGUGGUUAAAACUCUGAUCACAUUUUCUGGGUCUCACAAGUGGUUAGCACCCCUCGUUUUUCUUCUUCCCAUCUUUUCCUGUGAAAUGAGAAUUGCGGUCUUGUGUUUCAUAUGUAGGAAAUUUACUUUUCGGAAUUCAUUUUCUAGCACCUGAAUAAUGUAAUAAAUUCUGUAGUAUUUGAAAUGCUUGGCGUAAACACAACCACUCUCGAUAAAAGAUAGCUCCUAGUUUGCCUGUCUUAUUCUAUUAGUAAUAAUUUUUAAUCAAGUGACAGAAAGGAGCAUGACAGCGGCACACGUAAUGUUUUGUCUCUUUGCACAUCUUUGAGUCUGAGGAACUCUAAGGAAUAAAUUAAGUGGUGUGGGAUUGGGGUGCUGCCCAGAAUCUAUCCGCUAAACCCUACUAGAGCAUCAGUUCCCAGCCUCUGUGGAUUUAUGGCACCCUGUUCGUGUUUGAUUUUGCGUCUCCCUCCUCCUUGCCACUCUAAUGGCCGCGACAGCCAGGUCUCAGCUAUCAGAGGAGAGCAAAGUGCUGAUAUAAGAAAUUCACUGAUUGUUGCCAUCGCUCAAUUUUAUCUAAUUGCGUCCACCUGCAGGUUUAAAUAAUCACCACCACAGCUUUUCUAGAAGAACAUUAACAAGGUGCACAGUGCCAUUGCUCUGUGGAAUGCAUUUAAAUUUUUUGAUCGAUGAAAAUUAAUGUUUUGAAAAAUUUUGUGACUUUUAAAAGUAGUCAGUUGUGGUGAAUAAGAUUUGUAUGUUACGUGCAAGCAAUGUGAUGGAGAAGUGUGAAGUGACAUUGUAGGUCCCUCCUAGGUGACAAAUGGUGUUCUUUACAGAGGUAUAUGUAGAAGCAAUAGGGUUUAUGAGGUGCUUCAAAAUCAGCUUUCCAUAGAUCUAGUGUAAUAAGUUUGUUGUGAAAUAAAGAAGCCUCAAGGUUGGCAAUAUGGUUCACAAAUGGUGUGAGUGUCGUUUUUAAUUCUGAGAGCCUUGGCAUAUCACACUGUCUUCCCUCUCCUGGCUUUCUGUGUUUUGUGAAUAACUGUGGUCUCCUGGGCAUGACUAAUAGUCAUGGAAAAUAGAAAUUUCAUCGGCUGUCCUUCCCAGUGUUCGGAUGUUGCCAUUCUUUCUCCUUCACAGUGAUACAGAAAGAUGACACAAGCAUGGCUUUGGGGAAUUGGUCUAUUUCUGUAGAGUAUACGAGACAGCCAAAGCUUUAUUUGUGGUAAGAAGGGUAAGAACUGUCAUGUGAAAGACAUAAAUGAUCUCUGGAGAUUUAGUAUAAGAUACUUACUUCAAUCUUUUCAUUUUAGCCAGUUGUUAUCAAACCUUUACUAGAUGGUUAAUGACUGGCAGCAUGGGUUUUGAGUUGAAUCUCCUUUGGCACAGAUGAGCAGUAAAGAGGACUCCAGGUGAGAUGUGAGAAGAAGGAGGCUUCCAGGGGGCCUGGACCCAAUCACAGACUAGAUAAUGAAUGAGCUCCCUGGAAGUUCACAUUUGGUUAACUCCUCUCCACUUUGUGUCUACCUGGCCUUCAGCACUGCUGUUAUUGCACAAUGCUAUUUUGAGAAGCAAACUAUUUUAUAGGAAAUGCCAGGUAAGUAGGGCAGGAGGUUUAUCUGAGGCUGUUGAACGAGUGACUCAGCUAGGAUUCCGAUCUUCAGCUACUUAAUUUUUAGUCCAGUGGUUUCAUCACUGUCACACUCUAUUCUGUGUAUCUUGGCCCCCAUAUUGUUUUGUGUUUGGAAUUUAAAUGUUGCCUGAGAUUUACAACCUUCUGCACCUUAUUCUUAUUAUGCUAAUAUGAUUAACAUUUAUUCUUAAUAUUUUAAUUGUGACUUAAUGUGAAGCAUAUGUAUAUGUGUCCUUUCACCAUACUUAUUCGAUCUAUAUGCUGAGGAAAUAAUCCAAGAAGAAGAAUGCAGCAUCAGGAUUGGAGAAAGACUCAUUAACAACCUGUGAUACGCAGAUGAUACAACCUUCCUUGCUGAAAGUGAAGAGGACUUGAAGCACUCACUGAUGAAGAUCAAAGACUAUAGCCUUCAGUAUAGAUUACACCUCAACAUAAAACAAAAUCCUUACAACUGAACCAAAAAAACAUAUCAUGAUAAGCAGAGAAAAGAUUGAAGUUGUCAAGGAUUAUAUUUUACUGGGAUCUACAAUCAAUGCCCAUGGAAGCAGCAGUAAAGAAAUCAAAUGACGUAUUACAUCGGGCAAAUCUGCUGCAAAAGGCCUCUUUAAAGUAUUAAAAGGCAAAGGUGUCAUUUUGAGGACUAAGGUGUGUCUGACGCAAGCCAUGGUGUUUUCACUCGCCUCAUAUGCAUGUGAAAGCUGGGCAAUGAAUAAGGAAGAUUGAAAAAGAACUGAUGCUUUUAAAUUACCGUAUUGCCGAAGAAAACAGAAUAUACCAUGGGCUGCCAGAAGAAGGAACAAAUCUGUGUUGGAAGAAAUACAGCCAGAAUGCUCCUUAGAAGCAGGGAUGGCGAGACUACGUCUCACAUACUUUGGACAUGUCAUCAGGAGGGACCAGUUCCUGGAAAAGGACAUCAUGCUUGGUAAAGUAGAGGGCCACCGAAGAAGAGGCAGACCCGCAAUGAGAUGGGUUGACACAGUGGCUGCAACAGUGGCCUCAAACAGCAAUGAUUGUGAGGAUGGUGCAUGACGGGGCGGUGUUUCAUUCUGUUGCAUAGGGUUGCUAAGAGUCGGAAGUGACUUGACGGUACCUAAUAAAAACAACGUGUAUAUGGGGACACCUUGAAAGAAGUAUGUUCUCUCUUCUAAUUCUCUAGUUCCCUUCUAAAUUUAAAAAGCACAUAAAUAACAAUUGAAAAAAUUACUAAGAUCGGUUGACUCUAAUAUAAACUGCCAGCCUAUUUAGAAGACCAAAGAAUUGAUACCUUUGAAUUGUGAUGUUGGCAAAGAAUAUCAAAUGUACCAUGGACUGCCAAAAGAACGAACAAAUCUGUCUUGGAAGAAGUACAACCAGAAUGCUCCUUAGAAGCAGGGAUGGCGAGACUACGUCUCACAUACUUUGGACUUGUUAUCAGGAGGGACCGGUCCCUGGAGAAGGACAUCAUUCUUGGUAAAGCAGAGGGUCAGCGAAAAACAGGAAGACCCUCAAUGAGGUGGAUUGACACAGUGGCUGCAACAGCGGGCUCAGGCAUAACAAUGAUUGUGAAGAUGGUGCAGGACUGGGCAGUGUUUCCUUCUGUUGUACACAGGGUCGCUAUGAGUUGGAACCAACUUGGCAGCAUCUAACAACAGCAGCAACGUAUUUAGGUGAAGAUAUAUUUUAUUUCAAAAAGGUUCUUUUGCCUUAAAUAUGUGACUCCAAAAGUCCAGGUAAACAUGGCUCCAGGUGGGAAUGUCUGCUCACCUGUAGUUCAUGCUUUUGUGGUGCCCUUCUCAACCCACCAGAUUGGCUGCGGCUGAAAUUUGAGUCUUGUUUUCACAAUGCAAGGUCUUUGCACACCUUAGUCUUUUCUUCAGGACUCUUACUUCUGGCUUGACCAGAUAACUGUUAUGAGCACCACGUAGUUAAACUUCAUGCACUGGGGUCAUAAAGAAGAAAAAAUUUUGGAUUCUAAAAGGUGACUUUGGUUAAGAAUGGUCAAACUAAAGAGAUAGUUGCCUUUGGUGGGCGUAGCUGCAUGGAGGAGUUCCUGGGUGGUGCAAAUGAUUAACGUGCUCAGCUGCUAAAUGAAGGUUAGAGGUUUGAGUCCACCCAAUGGUACCUUGGAAGAAAGGCCUUGUGAUCUACUUCUGAAAAAUCAGAUAUUGAAAACUCUAUGGAGCCCAGUUCUACUCGGACACAGAUGGGAGCGCUAUGUGUGACAACGUAUACAACUGGUAAGACAUCAAAGAAAGCUAAUACAUAAACCCAGAUUAUCAUUGCCUUCACACUCCAGAAUCUUGGUGCUAGACAUGAUCAGGCUUCCUACUUUAUUGUGUAGAUGAAGCAUGUUGUAUCUAAUGAAAAAAAAGUGGUUGGCAUGUAUAAGUUCAUGUCUGUCUUUUUAGGUAGGUUUGGCUUCUCUGUGGCUUGCUUGCCAAUGUCUACCCUUGCUUUAAGUGGAGAUGGAGGAAUUGAAAUAGGUAGUGGGCAGGGCAGACAGGAAAUUAGGCAGCACAGGUUACGUGUUGGGUGGCUUCAUGCUUACAAUGCCUGGUAAAAAUGACAUUAGCGGCAAGUCCUUAGAUGCUGCAGAAUUUAUUAUCCAUGGCCUUCUGAACUCCUGCUCCUUAAUUGGAUUUGGGCUGAGCUUUCUCGUGGGUGACCUUGUACCUUCAAAUCAGUGUUCCCUCUCCUAAAUAACAGCACCUUAAAUUAAAAAAAAAAAAAAUUCUUAACCUUUUCUGACUUGUAAAACGCCACCGCCCUACUUUUCCGCUUAGAAAACAGUGAGAACCAGAGAGCUGUGCACGCUGGAGGAGGAGGGUCGGUGAAUGAGCAGAGAGGAGGAUGCUGCCUUUGCUUUUGGCAGACCUGUGAGACAGUUUGUGUAGUCACGUUCUGUCCCAGCUAUUGGAGAGCAUCAGUGGAUCGUGCCGGAAAACCUCCAAGCAAGUCCCUGGUAAAUCAGAGGAAUCCAGUUUCCUAAAGCAAACGUCCUGUCGUAGGCUGGUCCUGCUGCAUUUUCGCCAGAGAGGCCCCUCAGCCUUUCUUCAAGGAGGCUUUCUCAGGGGUUCGUGAUUAUUUCUACUGCGAGUGGUAAUUACAGCUUGCACUCACGUUGCGCUUAGUUUCAGAAUAUUUUUUCACGUGUACCAUUUUAUUUGGUUUUCAAAACAACCUUACACGAUAUGUCAAGCACAUGUUUUCCUGUUUUUUUGUCAUUUUAUGAGAAAACGAAGGCUGAGGGACUUGCCCCUGGUCCUACAGCUGUCUCGCAGAAGUCUUGGGACUCGCGUCCACACCUCCUGCAGAUGAAUCCUGCCUCCCGUCUCUUGCACCCUCGGCCACCCUGUGGCCUCCUUUCCGUGUCAGUCCUGCCAUUUUUAAAGAUUCAACUGAGGGCUAGGCUGUGGAGGCCUUCUCUCGGGGAACAUCGGGACAACAGCAUAUGUCCCACACUGAUAACUAGCGGACCUUGCUGAGAGCAUGUCUAGCAUCCUUCCUUCUUAAUGGGAUUGGGAUUUUGUUUAUAUAUCCUCCCCUCCUCCACAUGACUCUGGGAAGGGUGACCCCAUCCCCUGCCAGGGGGAAAUCCAGAUUAAUUUCAGCCCGUCACUCUGGGCCCUGUAAGCCAUAGGGGAAUGCUGUGGGGUAAGAAUUCUCACCUUCCAUGUGGAAGACCUGGAUUCGGUUCCUUGAUAACGCACCUCACGCACAGCCAACACCUGUUGGUGGAGGCAUGCAUGUUGCUGUGACGCCGUACAGGUUUCAGUGGGCUUCCAAACGAAGGCUAGGAAGGAAGGCAUGAUGACCUACUUCUGAAAACCACCAGUGAAAGCCCCGUUGAUCACAAUAGUCCGAUACACAACUGAUCAUGGGGAUGGCACAGGACUGGGCAGCAUUUCUUUCUGUUGUGCAUGGAAUCACCAUGAGUUGGGGACAGCUAACAACAACUAGCCAGUGAUGUAGUCCUGGCCAAUGGGACAAGUACAGAUCUGCUAGGAGGUUCUGGGAAAACCUUCCUCAACCUUAGAGUGACAGCAUGAGGGAAGAUGACCUGUUUGUCCCCUAAAGUUGUCUGCACGUCUGGAUAUGGUGCCUGGAACCAUUACAGCCAUCUUGCUACUAGUGUGAACAUGAAGCCAACAUGAGAGGGGACAAGGUCAAGAAGACAUUAGAGAAAAAACCUCAGAGGCCUGGCGAUCCACACCUGGCACUCACCCUGCCUUUGCUUGUUACAUGAAAUAAAUUUUGUAUCUUUACGUCAGAUGGAACACUUGAAGAUUGAUAUGCUAGGCAUUGGUGAGCUGAAAUGGACUGGUAUUGGCCAUUUUGAAUUGGGUACUCAUAUGGUCUACUAUGCCGGGAAUGACAACUUGAAAAGGAAUGGCGUUGCACUCAUCAUUAAAAAAGCAUUUCAAGAUCUGUCCUGAAAUACAAUGCUGUCAGUGACAGGAUAAUAUCCCUACACCUACAAGGAAGACGAGUUAAUACAACUAUUGUUCAAAUUUAUGCACCAACUGCUGAGGCCAGAGAUGAAGAAACUGAAGAUUUUUACCAGCUUCUGCAGUCUGAAAUUGAUCAAACAUGCAAUCAAAAUGCAUCAGUAAUUACUGGUGAUUGGAACGCAAAAGUUGGAAACAAAAAAGAAGGGUAAGUAGUUGAAAUAUAUGGCAUUGGUGAUAGAAACAAUGCCAGAGAUUGCAUGAUAGAGUUUUGCAACACCAAUGACUUAUUCAUUGGAAAUACCCUUUUUCAACAACAUAAAUGGCACUGUACACUUGGAUACCACCGGAUGGAAUACACAGGCAUCAAAUCGACUACAUCUGUGGAAAGAGAUGAUGGAAAAGCUCAAUAUCAUCAGUCAGAACAAGGCCAGGGGCUGACUGUGGAACAGAUCAUCAGUUGCACUUAUUUAAGUUCAAAUUGAAGCUGAAGAAAAUUAGAACAAGUCGACGAGAGCCAAAGAACAACCUUAAGUAUAUAUAAAAAAAAAAUCCAGUGCCCUCGAGUCGAUUCCGACUCAUAGCGACCCUAUAGGACAGAGUAGAACUGCCCCAUAGGGUUUCCAAGGAGCGCCUGGUGGAUUUGAACUGCCGAUCCUUUGGUUAGCCACCAUAGCACUUAACCACUGUGGCACCAGGGUUUCUGCCUUAAGUGUAUCCUACUUGAAUUUAGAGAUCAAUCACCUCAAGAAUAGAUUUGACUCACUGAACACUAAUGACCGAAGACCAGACCAGUUGUGGAGUGAUAUCAAGGACUUCAUACAUGAAGAAAGCAAAAGGGUCAUUAAAAAGACAAGAAAAGGAAAAAAAGACCAAAAUGGAUGUCAGAAGAGACUCUGAAACUUGCUCGUGAAUGUCGAGCAGCUAAAGUGAAAGGAAAAAAUGAUGAAGUAGAAGAGCUGAACAAAAGAUUUCAAAGUGCAGCUCGAGAAGACAAAGCAAAGUAUUGUAAUGACACGCGCAAAGACCUGGAGAUGGAAAACCAAAGGGAAGAACACGCUUGGCAUUUCUCAGGCUGAAAGAACUGAAGAAAAAAUUCAAGCCUCGAGUUGCAAUAUUGAAGGAUUCUAUGAGCAAAAUAUUCAAUGACACAACAAAAGAAGAUGGAAAGAAUAUACAGAGUCACUUUAACAAAAAGAAUUGGUUGACGUUCAGCCCUUUUAGGAGGUAGCAUGUGAUGAGGAUUUGAUGGUAUUGAAGGAAAAAAUCUAAGCUGCGCUGGAUGCAUUGGUGAAAAACAAGGCUUCUGGAGUAUCAAUUGAGAUUUUUCGACAAAUGGAUGUAAUGCUGGAAGCGCUCACUCAUCUAUGCCAGGAAAUCUGGUGGACAGCUACCUAGCCAACUGACUGGAAAAGAUCCAUAUCCAUGCCCAUUCCAAAGAAAGGUGACCCAACAGGCUGUGGAAAUUAUCAAACAACAUCGUUAAUAUCACAGGCAAGUAAAAUUUUGCUGAAGAUCAUUCAAAAGCGAUUGCAGGGAACUGCCGGAAAUUCAUGCUGAAUUCAGAAGGAGCCGUGGAUUGAGGGAUAUCAUUGCUGAUGUCACAUGGAUCCUGUCUGAAAGCAGAGAAUACUGGAAAGAUUUUUAUCUGUGUUUUAUUGACUAUGCAAAGGUAUCGAUUGUGGGGAUCAUAACAAAUUAUGGAUAACAUUGCAAAGACUGGGAAUUCCAGAACACUUAAUUGUGCUUGUGUGGAACUUGUGUAUAGACCAAGAGGCAGUCAGUCAUUCAGACAGAACAAGGGGAUACUGCAUGGUUUAAAGUCAGGAAAGGUGUGCUUCAGGGUUGUAGCCUUUCACCAUACUCAUUCAGUCUGUAUGCCGAGGAAAUAAUCUGAGAAGCUGGACUAUAUGAAGAAGAAUGGGGCAUCAGGAUUUGAGGAAGGCUCAUUAACAGCCUGUGAUAUGCAAAUGACACAGCCUUCCUUGCUGAGAGCAAAAAGGACUUGAAGCACUUACUGAUGAAGAUGAAAGGCCGCAGCCUUCAGAAUGGAUUACACUUCAACAUAAAGAAACCAAAAAUCCUCACAGCUGAACCAGUAAGCAACGUCGUGAUAAACAGGGAAAAUAUUGACAUUGUCAAGGGUUUCAUUUUACUUGGAUCGAUAAUCAGUGCCUGUGGAAGCAGCAGUCAAGAAAUCAAAAGCUGUAUUGCACUGGACAAAUCUGUUGCAAAAAAACCUCUUUAAAAUGUUAAGAAGCAAAGAUGUCACCUUGAGAACUAAGGUGCGCCUAACUAAGCCAUUGUAUUUUCAGUUGUCUCGCGAUGCAUGCGAAAGCCAAGAAUUCAGUAAGGAAAAUCGAAACCUUUGAAUUCUGGUGAAUAUUGAAUAUACCAUGGACUGCCAAAAGAACAAACAAAUCUUUCUUGGUAGAAGUACAGCUAGAAUGGUUCUUAGAAGCGAGGAUGGCGAGACUUCAUCCCACGUACUUUGGACAUGUUGUCGGGAGGGAUUAGUCACUAGAGAAGGACAUCAUGCUUGGUAAAUUAGACAGUUAGAACAGAAGAGGAAGGCUCUGAAUGAGGUGGAUUGUCAUAGUUGCUGCAACAGUGGACUCAAGCAUAACACCGAUCAUGCGAAUGGCGCAGGACUGGGCAAUGUUUUGUUUUGUUGUACAUAGCGUCGCAAUGAGUCACAACCGACUUGAUGGCACCUAACAACAGCAACAUAUGCAUGUGAAAGGCACAUAAUGAAUAAGGAAGACUGAAGAAGAAUUGAUACCUUUGAAGUAAGGUGUUGACAAAAAUAUUGAAUAUACUGUGGACUGCCAGAAAGAAUGAACAAAUCUGUCUUGGAAGGAGUAUAGCCAGAAUGCUCCUUAGAUGCAAGGAUGGCAAGACUUCAUCUCAAGUACUUUGGACAUGUUAUCAGGAGAGAUCAGUACCUGGAGAAGGAAAUUAUGCUUGGUAGAGGGUCGGCGAAAAGAGGAAAACCCUCAAUGAAUAUGGAUUUAUAUAGUGGGUGCAACUGUGGGCUCAAGUGUGGCAAUGAUUGUGGAGAUUGGACAGGACCACGCAGUGUUUCCUUCAGGUGUACACAGGUACUCGACAGCCCUUAAGAACAACAACAUGUCAACUCGUUUUGGGGUUAUCUGUUACUUGUGUCCAAAUACAUGCUGACCGAUGUGAUAACUAUCGUAUUUAUCCAUCUGUUUGGUCAUUCAUUCACACAUACAUACAUAUGUACAUAUGUAUGAAGGAGAAGAACAAGGCAGAAAGGCAGAAGUUGAGCUAGUUACGGGUCAGAAAUGGCUUCCCCCAGGAAAUUCAGAGGCCUUGGUGGGAGAGAGCUCAUUUUGUGAUGGGCCUUGUAUCUCAUGUUUUCGGGUUUGGGUGUUUUAUUUCAAGAGGAGAGCUGUCGAAAGGUUUAAUACGGGGAUAUGGCCUGAGUAUAAACAACAACAAAAAACCAAACCCGUUGCCGUUGAGUCUAUUCUGACUCAUAGCGACCCUAUAGGACAGGGUAGAACUGCCCCAUAGGGUUUCCUAGGAGUGCCUGAUGGAUUUGAACUGCUGACCUUUUGGUUAGCAGCAGAACUCUUAACCGCUGUGCCACCAAGGUGUCCAGAAUGAGUAUAGUAAGCUGUAAAUAACUUAAGCUACCCAUGCUAGUGAGAAACUUGGCUUCAUAUUCCAAAGAGGCAAGUUUGAUUUGCUGAGCAGGCAAGGAACAGUCAGUGGCUAAGGACCUGGUGACAAGCCGGUGUGUCCAGAAAGCUCAGAAAAGCACCUUUGCUUGGAAUCUGAUGAAAUAAACAACCUGUAUUUUUUGCUUCCUCCUAGCCAGUAUGUACACAUUCAGACACACACACACACACACACACACACACACACACAAAACACAGACACUGGCACACACGCACACACACACGGAGAUAGCUUUCAAACCCUGGCGUCAUUUGUGCACUCUGUCGUUCUCUUAGUCUUUGAUGGUUCAAAUGAAACAGUUCCAGCCGAGACAUCUCUGUUGGGGUUACAAAACCAGGAGAGAUGGUUCCAAUGUAAAUAAAACUUUAAGGGUGUAUAAUGUGUCCACAGUGGAACUUUUCACAUCUCAGGAGGAUUUCCUCCAGGUUUGCUGUAGCAGGGGCUGUGCUUGUCCUCAUACAAAUGGGUAGAUUAGUAAAGCUGGCUCAUACCCAGUGUUGUCAGGGAUCCCGCCUCCAUUGCUCCUGUACUUCUUUCAGGCUGUGCAAGGUCCCUCCCCGCGUUUGGUAAUUGGUGGGGUUGUAAUGAGACUGCUUCCCCGCUGCUUCUAGGAUGCCGAUCUGUGGGCGUCCUGGCAGGGUUUUCGUUGUGUUUGAGAGGCUUUGGCAUAAAGGUGGGAGGGAUUGGUGUUUCAGGUGGUGGCAGGUGAGCCUCCUGCCAAGUUGGCAUAAUGGGAACAGGACUCCUCUGAGCUGCCAUCUGUGUGCAGCUGAUGGGAAACCGGCAGUGGCUUCCGUGGAGUGCGGAGCUGUUCCGCUUAUGCUUAGAUAUUUAGGCAUCAGUAAUGCGAAGGCUGUGCCGGUCAGCUGUCAGGAGGCUGGGGAAAGUAGACUGUGCAGUGACUUUUCAUUGUUUGAAUUCAGGAGACUGCUGUUUGGCUCUACCCCCUACCCCCCCCACCCCCAAAAUGAAGAAAAAGAAAGCCUCAACUCUUUUCUGCUACUACAGCUAACCCCGAAGCCCGCCACAGUUGUGCACCCAGUUGCCUGCAGCAAGGGGCGGCUUGUUUUGACCAAGUAGUUUGACAUACUUUAGAGUUAGCAGAUGCUCCUUUUCCACACACCAAACGUGUAUAAUAAGCCAUCAACAUGCUUGUCUAAUAUGGUGUCCCUUUGCUUUUUAAGCUCAAAUUUUCUUUCUCUCCUUGUGGUGGUUGACAGGUCAAACGGAGGUGCUGCAUCCACGCUUCAUCUUGGUCUGACUUGCUGCCCUUGAACCGGGGGUCUGCUCUCCAGGUGAUGUGUGUGUGAUUUGCGGGACACCAGGACCCCACGCCGUGAUCAAUCAGAAGCUUCCUGAAGUGACUGGGAAAACAGACACUUCCCGGGCCAGCCGAAGCGUGUUUGCACGUGCACUGAAAAGCUUCUUUCUCUCCACACACGCGUACACGAGAAGGCAGGCUCGCCCUGUGCACACUCGAGCGUUCCACAACCGAUGAAAAUUAAUUUAAGAAUCAGAUGGAGCAGCCAGACACCACUGGGCUCUGGAGCCCGGGGAGAGAAGUGCAUCACUAACGGCCAGCUUUCUAUAUGGUCCUCACGGGUAAAGAAAGUUUGCAAAAAGAAGAAAAAAAAAAAUUUGCACACAUCAAGCCUCCAAAUACCUCCUGGGUUUAAAGAAGGAGCUCCGUGCGAAGGAGACACUGGGGAAGCGUGAUCUCUGCAUUGCAGGUGGCAGCAGGCGGCGGUUUUGGCCCUUUAGUUUGCAGUGGCUUUGGUGAUUGGGACAGAGGUUAAAAGCCCAGACUGAAAAGUUACUGUUAGUGUGGUGACGGCUGGGGGAAAGCGAGUUCAGGUCUGAUGGGACAGGUCUGAACAAUGAACUGACUCCUUGGCCUUUUUUAGUUAACCGUGCUGGAGACAUUUUAAUUUAUUAUUUCCCCUUUCCUUUCCUGCAUCGAUAGGAUAAUAUCUUCCAAAAGCAAUCGAAACUGGUAAUUGCAAAAUAAAUACCAAGGGAAACCCAAGCAGAGUUUCCUUUUAAUUGGGCUGUGCAUGAGGCAUUUGGAAACAAUCUGAAUGUGAAGAGGAACGCACCCCAUCGGCAGAACGUAACUCUUUAGGGAAGCCGUGGGGGAAGACGCCGCUCGUCUGUGUGUUUGUUCUGAGGGAUUAUCUUCCUUGGUGAGUCCAAGAACACUUUCAUGUGAGAGAAAGGUUACUUGAUGGACUUAACCCUGACAUUAGUGUUUGUCAUCAGGAUGGGAAAAGACGUGACCUUUAGGAGCAGAAAAAGGGUGAAGUGACAAGGUCAGGGAGGAAGGAGACAGGGGAGAAACAGAACCCCAAAGCCGGCUCAGCUCUAUGAGCAGGGCCAUUUAGGGGCCGUCCAGGGCACACGUUUGGCUACUUGGAGAGCUGUAGAACCUUUCUGACCCUGUUUAGGGAAGGGGCUUCCUUCCCAGCCUCUAUGGCACGGAGAAGCAAGCCACCAUCGGGGCAGCGGGUGGACAGAGUGCCGUGUGCCCGUGGGACACCACAACCUGCUGUGACGCCAGGCCUGGCUUUGGAUCGGGAAAACCAUAGGAUCCGGGGAGUUUCCUGGUUUUGAACGGCAGUGAAGGAGUCGUCUUUUCUUCCUGACAUUCGGACUGCUGUCUGCACAAACUCUGGUCUGUUCUGCACGGUUUGUGUGCCUUUUUUCCCUUUAUGCAAUCUUCUUCAGCUUUAGCAGCAGAACUCUGUCCUGUUCAGAAAACGUGCCAGCGGUGGCUUCAGAAGAAACACGAUCGUGUACAUGCUGUCUCUGCAUCUGAGCUCUGGAGGAGAACAUUCCAGCCAGAGGGAUUCAUAAAGCCUUAAGUUACUUGAAAUCUAUGUAUUUGCAACCCUUUGUCUCUGGAAUCACGUUACACUAAACUGGAACCUCAGGCUGAAUAAGAAUAACCAAGUUGAACAAAAAGAAGACAAAGCUGUUUGCUGAUCACCACUCGUUAAACAAGGCUCUUUCUCCAGAGGGUCAGCGCACUCUUCCUCUAAGGACUUGAAAACAAACACGACUUGAUGGUUUUUUUAAGCAUUGCUUUUUCUUAGCAGACUGCCGUCGUCUUUUAUAGAGGCAUUUUUCACUAUGCAUUUGUGGAUCUUUAUAAAGUGCUGACCUUCUAAUUAGGCCCAGGUCGGCCUUAAUUAAAGGGAAGGAGGGAGCAGCGCAAGCCACCCACAAAAAAUAGAGAAAUAAUUCAAUGAGAAAAAUUGGAUUAGAUUUUUCAGCGUUAGGCGUUGCUUUCUAAGUAGAAGAGUUCGUCAGAAACGAAGUAUGUACGCAGCAGUGGAACGUGGGCCGGUCCUCUGCAGCGACUCAAACAUCCUCUGCCUGUCCUGGAAAGGGCGCGUCCCCAAGAGCGAGAAGGAGAAGCCCGUGUGCAGGAGGCGCUACUACGAGGAGGGCUGGCUCGCCACGGGUAACGGGCGGGGCGUCGUCGGCGUCACCUUCACCUCCAGCCACUGCCGCAGGGACAGGAAUACUCCCCAGAGGAUAAACUUCAACCUGCGUGGCCACAAUAGCGAGGUUGUGCUGGUGAGGUGGAAUGAGCCCUACCAGAAGCUGGCCACGUGUGACGCUGACGGAGGGAUAUUCGUGUGGAUUCAGUAUGAAGGCAGGUGGUCUGUGGAGCUGGUCAAUGACCGAGGGGCUCAGGUGAGUGAUUUUACGUGGAGCCAUGAUGGGACCCAAGCACUCAUUUCCUAUCGAGAUGGAUUUGUCCUGGUUGGCUCUGUCAGUGGACAAAGGCACUGGUCGUCUGAGAUCAACUUGGAGAGUCAGAUCACCUGUGGCAUAUGGACUCCUGAUGACCAACAGGUGCUGUUUGGCACAGCCGACGGGCAGGUGAUCGUCAUGGACUGCCACGGCCGCAUGCUGGCUCACGUCCUGCUGCACGAGUCGGACGGUGUCCUCGGCAUGUCCUGGAACUACCCCAUCUUCCUGGUGGAGGACAGCAGCGAGAGCGACACUGACUCGGAUGACUACUCCCCGCCCCAAGAUGGCCCGGCAGCAUACCCCAUCCCGGUGCAGAACAUCAAGCCGCUGCUCACCGUCAGCUUCACCUCGGGGGACAUCAGCUUAAUGAACAGCUACGACGACCUGUCUCCUAUUGUCAUCCGCUCGGGGCUGAAAGAGGUGGUGGUCCAGUGGUGCACACAGGGAGACUUGCUGGCAGUGGCCGGAAUGGAAAGACAGAGCCAACUUGGUGAACUGCCAAAUGGUCCUCUUCUGAAGAGCGCCAUGGUCAAGUUCUACAAUGUCCGUGGGGAACACAUCUUCACGCUGGACACGCUUGUACAACGCCCCAUCAUCUCCAUCUGCUGGGGCCACCGGGACUCGCGGCUGCUCAUGGCCUCAGGACCGGCCCUGUAUGUGGUGCGCGUGGAGCACCGGGUGUCCAGCCUGCAGCUGCUGUGCCAGCAGGCCAUCGCCAGCGCCCUGCGAGAGGACAAGGACGUCAGCAAGCUGAGCCUACCCCCCCGCCUCUGCUCCUACCUCUCCACGGCCUUCAUCCCCACCAUCAAGCCCCCAAUUCCAGACCCCAACAACAUGCGGGACUUUGUGAGCUACCCCUCGGCUGGCAACGAGCGGCUGCACUGCACCAUGAGGCGCACGGAGGACGACCCCGAGGUGGGCGGUCCCUGCUACACGCUCUACCUGGAGUACCUGGGCGGGCUGGUGCCCAUUCUCAAGGGGCGGCGUGUCAGCAAGCUGCGGCCGGAGUUCGUCAUCAUGGACCCUCGCACGGACAGCAAAUCAGAUGAAAUCUAUGGAAACAGCUUGAUUUCUACCAUGAUCGACAGCUGCAACUGCUCCGACUCCAGCGACAUUGAGCUGAGUGAUGACUGGGCUGCCAAGAAGUCUCCCAAAAUCUCCCGAGCUAGCAAAUCACCCAAGCUCCCCAGGAUCAACAUCGAGGCUCGGAAGUCUCCAAAGCUGUCCCGGGCCACACAGGAGGUCUCCCGGUCCCCCCGCCUGCCGAUGCGGAAACCCUCCAUAGGCUCACCCAGCCUGACACGGAGGGAGUUCCCAUUUGAAGACAUUGCUCAGCACAACUACCUUGCUCAGGUCACGUCUAAUAUCUGGGGAACCAAAUUCAAGAUUGUGGGCUUGGCUGCUUUCCUGCCAACCAACCUCGGUGCAGUCAUCUAUAAAACCAGCCUGCUGCAUCUCCAGCCACGGCAGAUGACCAUCUAUCUCCCAGAAGUUCGGAAGAUUUCCAUGGACUAUAUUAAUUUGCCUGUCUUCAACCCGAAUGUUUUCAGUGAAGACGAGGAUGAUUUACCAGUGACAGGAGCAUCUGGUGUCCCUGAGAACAACCCACCCUGUACCGUGAACAUCCCCAUCGCCCCGAUCCACAGCUCAGCCCAGGCCAUGUCCCCUACUCAGAGCAUCGGGCUGGUGCAGUCCCUGCUGGCCAAUCAGAAUGUGCAGCUGGAUGUCCUGACCAACCAGACCGCAGCCGCAGGGCCGGCAGAGCACCCCGGCGACCCGGUCACCCCGUACCCAGUCCCCAACCGGUACUCCAGCCCUGGGCAGGUGAUCUUCGGGGGUGUGGAGAUGAGCCGAAUGAUCCAGAACCCUCCUCCUCCUCCGCUGUCCCUGCCACCACCCCCGCCCACAGCGCUGCAGUUGUCCCUGGUGGACCACGGGGACCGCGACCACGGGCACCUCCAGAAGCCAGCCAAGGCCCUGCGGCCAGCCCCGCCACUGGCGGCCGAGGGAGAUGCGGUGGUCUUCAGUGCCCCACAGGAGCUUCCUGUGAAUAAGAUGAACCCUCCGCCCCCUUACCCGGGCAUCAUCCCAGCCGCCCCCACCACGGCGGCCCCUCCUCCCCCACUGCUGCCGCCACAGCCUCCAAUAGAUGUCUGCCUGAAGAAGGGUGACUUCUCCCUGUACCCGACCUCUGCCCACUACCAGACCCCGCUGGGCUACGAGCGGAUCACCACCUUCGACAGCAGCGGCAACGUGGAGGAGGUGUGCCGGCCACGGGCACGGGUGCUCUGCGCCCAGAACACCUACACCCUCCCGGGCCCGGGCAGCUCAGCCACACUGCGGAUCACCGCCACGGAGAAGAAGGUCCCGCAGCCCUGCACUAGCGCCACCCUGAACCGGCUGACCAUGCCUCGCUACUCCAUCCCCCCGGGGGACCCGCCGCCCUACCCCGACAUUACCAGCCAGUUGGUGCACAGUCGGGGCAUGACCCAAAGACCAGAGAGCAGCCUCAUCCACGCCACUCUGCGCAGGAACAACCGCGAGGCCGCGCUGAAAAUGGCCCAGCUGGUGGACCAGCAGCGCGCCACCCUGCAACACCCACCCAAGCCCAAGAGCAGCAUGGUGGUGCCUCCAUUCCCAGCGCGGCCCCCGCCGGCACUGUAUACCUGCAGCCAGUGCAGUGGGGGCAGCUCCAGUGGGGGCACCGGGGCCGGGGGCACUGUGGCAGGCCUCGGGGCUGGCCUCGUAGGUGGCUUGGCAGGCAGUGGCGGGCGGCCUGACCCAAGCACGGGCUCCAGCUCUCAGCUGGGCACAGCCCUGGCACACUCAGCUAGUACGUCCCCCUUGACUUCACAGUCCUCCUAUAGUCUCCUGAGCCCCUUGGACAGCUCCCGGGACCGCACAGACUACAUCAACUCGGCCUUCACUGAGGACGAAGCUCUGUCCCAGCACUGUCAGGCUGAGAGGCCCCUGCGGCACCCCCCGCUGACCGACGCAGCGAUCACCUCAGUGAAGCGGCCGCCCCCUUACCAGUGGGACCCUGUGUUGGGCGAGGACAUCUGGGUUCCUCAGGAAAGGACAGCACAGACUUCAGUGCCCAACCCCCUAAAACUGUCCCCUCUGCUGAUGGGCCAGAGCCAGCACCUGGACGUGUCCCGCGUGCCCUUCGUCUCCCCCAAGUCGCCAGCCAGCCCUACUGCCACCUUCCAGACAGGCUACGGGGUGGGAGUGCCAUAUGCAGGGAGCUAUAGCAACCCCUCACUGCAGGGGGUGCAGGCUCCCUGCUCCCCAAAGGAUGCUCUGGCCGCACCCCAGUUUGCACAGCAGGAGCCGGCCAUGGUGCUGCAGCCGGGGUACCCACCCAGCCUUUCCUACUGCACCCUGCCCUCCAUGUACCCAGGAGGCAGCACGUGCUCCGGCUUACAGCUGCCACCCCUUGCCUUGCACCCCUGGAACUCCUACAGCGCGUGCCCCCCCUUGCAGAACCCCCAGGGCACGCUGCCCCCAAAGCCACACCUGGUGGUGGAGAAGCCCGUCAUGUCUCCACCGCCUGCCGACCUGCAGAACCACGUGGGCACUGCGGUGAUGGUGGAGACGGCGGACAACUUCCAGGAGGUGCUCUCCCUGACAGAAAGCCCCGUCCCCCAGCGGACAGAAAAGUUCGGGAAGAAGAACCGGAAGCGCUUGGACAGCCGUGCCGAGGAAGGGAGUGUGCAGGCCAUCACUGAGGGCAAAGUGAAGAAGGAGGCCCGGACGCUGAGUGACUUCAACUCCCUCAUCUCCAGCCCCCGCCUGGGGAGAGAGAAGAAGAAAGUGAAGAGUCAGAAAGACCAGCUGAAGUCCAAGAAGCUGAACAAGACGAACGAGUUCCAGGACAGCUCAGAGAGCGAGCCAGAGCUGUUCAUCAGCGGGGAUGAGCUGAUGAACCAAAGCCAGGGCAGCAAGAAGGGCUGGAAAAGCAAGCGGAGCCUGAGGACAGCCAGUGAGCUGGAGGAGUUCAAGUGCCGGAAAGCCAAUGAGAAGGAGGAGGGGCGGCUGGGCAGCCAGGGCUUUGUCUACGUGAUGGCCAACAAGCAGCCCCUGUGGAACGAGGCCACCCAGGUGUACCAGCUGGACUUUGGGGGGCGCGUGACCCAGGAGUCAGCCAAGAACUUCCAGAUUGAGCUGGAGGGCCGGCAGGUAAGGGAGCCGGGACCCAAGGCCGCCUGGUUUUCAGUAUCCCCAGGCCGGAUCUCUGCUCUCAUCCUGACAGACAUCUGUGGGCGCGGCUGUGCUGCUCAGGUCUCCAAGGCCAGGUGAUGCAGUUUGGCAGGAUUGACGGCAACGCCUACAUCCUGGACUUCCAGUGCCCCUUCUCAGCGGUGCAGGCCUUUG